AGAAUACCAGACUCGCUCAAAGUUAGAAAACCUUUUUGAAUUUUGCGUUUUGCAAUGCCUAUAAAUAGCCAAGUCUCCUGCUCUUGUUUGUACCACACAACUCAUUUCAUUGUAUCGUAUUAGUCUAAAACACACAUAUAUACAUUGAGCUCACAACUCAUAUUGCAUUGCUUGAGAACAUAUACACAACACAACUGAGGUACUCUAGUCCUACAGAGUUUGAAGAUGGCAAACUCAAAGUCAAAGAUCAUAGCCAUUGCAUUCUUGGUGUUAUUUAUUGUGGACCUUGGGUUUGCUGCUAGAUCGUCUAAGAAGAUCGAUGGUCAAGGGGGAGGAGGUGGCGGUGGUCAAGGAGGAGGAGGUGGUGGUGGUUCUGGUGUUGCAGAGAAUGGCCAGGGUUCCGGGUCAGGUUAUGGAUCAGGGAGUGGCUCUGGAUACGGAAGUGGUGGUGGAGGUAGAGGAGGAGGUGGUGGAGGAGGAGGCGGUGGUGGUGGUGGUGGUGGAGGUGGUGGAGGGUCAGCAAGCGGUAGUGGAUCAGGCUCAGGCUAUGGGUCUGGAAGUGGUUCAGGAUAUGGUUCAGGUAGCGGCAAGGGUGGAGGUGGUGGCGGUGGUGGUGGAGGCGGUGGUGGUGGUGGCGGCGGUGGAAGUGGGAAUGGGUCAGGAAGUGGUUCAGGGUAUGGCAGUGGUAGUGGUUCUGGAUAUGGAAGUGGUGGCGGUAAAAAUGGUGGUGGUGGUGGUGGUGGUAGCGGCGGCGGUGGAGGUGGUGGAGGUGGCCGUAAUGGGCAAGGUUCAGGAUAUGGGAGCGGCUCUGGAUAUGGAGAGGGAUAUGGAUCAGGAUAUGGAGGUGAUGAUGACGGUGGUUAUAAACCAUAAACCAAAUUUUCAACAAUAAAAUUAUUACUAAAAGAAAUUUAAUUUCUCAUAUUAAUCAGUUUAUGGUAUCAGUAAGCCGAAUAAUAAAUUGCAUCAAAUUCAUAUUUACUUGUAAGAAUUUGCAUGAUUAUAAGAAGUUCCUCAUUUUGUGUA